AUGGCAGCUACCAGCAGCCUGCAACAAUAUGGGAGAGCACCGGCCUCGAUCAAUCUCCACCACAAACAGCAGCACUCUUUAAGCAACUGCUCGUCAAGGAUCAGUGUAAUGGUAGGAAACAGAAACGUUGCGGUGCUGCAGGGAUUUAGUAGUGAUAGUAAUAAGAAGGCAUAUAAGAGGAGACCAACAUCAUCAGGGUUGGUGGUGAAGUGUAGUGGGAUGGGAAUAGUGGCUGUCAGAUGUGGAGGAGCACAAGGCCCUUGCCAUUUACCCCCUCACGAGGGAGGCUACGAGGGUCGUUACCUUAACCGCCUCAUCCGCCAGGGCUAUUACUUCCUUGACCUCACUGCUCGGGGCCUGGGGGAUCCUGAGACCACUCUUACCAAAGUUCAUCCUGUUUGUCCUGCACAUCUCGGGAAGCAGCCCAUAGCAAGGUGGUAUUUUCCCCCAGAAGUUGAUUUCAGACUUGAACACCUGCCCCCUGAUGCCAAAGGACUUGUGGUUUGGAUAAUUGAAGCCAAGGUUUUGUCCAAGGCGGAACUGCAGUUUCUUGCUCUGCUGCCGACACUACGCCCUAAUGUCAGAGUCGUUGCUGAAUGUGGAAACUGGAGAAAGUUUGUGUGGAAACCACUCAAAGAGAUAGCUGGACUAACCGCAGAGGGAAGCAGAGCUUGA